ACGUGUGGACGAGACACGCAAGGUUACACCUCUAUCCUUGUGAGGACAUUGCACACACAUACCAGCUCCGCCUGUGUAAACAGCCGCCCUCAGGUGUUUUAAACUCAGAAAGUGUCCAUCAAUGAUUCACUCUGUUGAAGUGAACCUUCUUCAUACUGACUGACUGUGUUAGAGAUCCGACCUGAGAUCAGCCUCAGUCCUGAGCCUGAACAAGUAUCUGCACACAGUGGGAGAGGAAUGGCAGACUGUAAUAUACGGUCACCAUCCUCCUCGUCUCAAGAAGAUGUCAACCUGGGACCUUCAGCGAACCCAAAUGCCAGGCCCACUGACUUUGACUUCUUGGCUGUCAUUGGCAAGGGGACCUUUGGAAAGGUGCUGCUCGCCAAGCUCAAAGCCGACAGCAAAUUCUACGCCGUCAAAGUGCUGCAGAAGAAGGUCAUCCUGAAGAAGAAAGAGCAAAAGAACAUCAUGGCCGAGAGAAACGUGCUGCUGAAGAGUCUCCAACAUCCGUUUCUGGUUCGGCUCCACUACUCCUUCCAGACAGCCGAGAAACUUUACUUUGUCCUGGACUAUGUAAACGGGGGAGAGUUGUUCUUCCACCUGCAGAGAGAGAGAUGUUUCUCUGAGCCCAGAGCGAGGUUCUACGCCGCCGAAGUAGCGAGCGCCAUCGGCUACCUUCAUUCUCUCAACAUCGUUUACAGAGAUCUGAAACCAGAGAAUAUUCUCCUUGACUCUCAGGGCCAUGUGGUACUGACAGAUUUUGGGCUGUGUAAAGAAGGUGUGGAGCCCGAGGGAACGACCUCGACUUUCUGUGGGACUCCAGAAUACUUGGCUCCAGAGGUUCUUCGUAAGGAACCGUAUGACCGGACAGUGGACUGGUGGUGUCUGGGAGCAGUUCUCUAUGAGAUGAACUACAGUCUGCCUCCGUUCUACAGCCGUGACGUCAGUGAAAUGUAUGAUGGGAUCCUCCACAAGACGCUAUCUCUGCCUCAGGGGAAGUCUGAGGCCUUGGGCUCUCUGCUGGUGGGUCUCCUGCAGAAGGACCAGCACCGACGCCUCGGGGCCAUCGCUGACUUUUUAGAAAUAAAAAACCACCCCUUCUUCGCUCCAAUCAACUGGGACGACCUCGACCACAAGAGAAUCACUCCUCCCUACAACCCCAAUGUGAGAGGUCCAGCUGACACUCAACACAUUGAUCCAGAGUUCACCAGAGAGAUGGUUCCCAGCUCGGUGGGUCGGACGCCGGAGCUCAACGCCGGCACCAGCUGCAACAACGCCUUCAAUGGCUUCUCCUUCGUGGGCAACGACGACAGCUUUCUGUGAGACGUUGAGGUCUCGUGGAAACAAGAGCUCCUCCCACACCGUGGUACCCACUGUGUAUUUAUCAUGUUUGACCUCUGUGGAAAUUUCCAAAUAGUUCCUCUUGAGGGUGUAGUAAAAAGGGGGCCUCGUAUAAAACCCACUGCCUGCGAUGAGGUAUUUUUAAAGGUUCAAAGAUGGCGGUCGACAGAUUAAUGGAAGAAUCAAUAUACAUUGUCUUGCUAAUUUGUUGGGCCACCAUGAGGCGCCAGAACAAGUGUGGUGCACGUUGAUUCUACAAGUCUCUGGAUGGAUUGGUCACUAUUUUUCUAAAAUACAUUCCCUCAUUUGGUUCGGAUGUUGAUGCUGGAGAGAGCUGUUUAAAUGAGACCAGUCAGGAUGAGACCAGGUGACACUGAUUCCGAUCAUGUUCAUGCCCGUGCUCCAUGGAAACUUGUUGUUCUCUUUCUCUACUAGUUUUUUUAAGGGUUUGGGGGGAUCUUACCAAAUACACAAGGCUCUUAAGAUGUGGGAGAAACUUUAUAUUCGUUUUGCAAAGAAAUGAUGAACCUGUUAAAAGUUGUUUGUACACAUCUCUGUAGAGGGGGUGUAAAAUACACAACCCUUAUCUUCCAGUGUGCUUUAAAACUGAGAUUCAGAUCCAGAAAACCUAAAGAAAUUACUUUAGUUUUUUUCAAUGAUAUGGAGACAGUUUGUAAAAAUGUAGCUUUUAAAUCGUUUUUUAACACCAGAUAUCAGUGUGAUGUUUUUGCCAGAUUGUUCAGGACUCUAUUGGCUUUGACCUGAUUUGACACUGUUGUGCAGGAUAAGAUUUCUCAGGGAAACUGCUGCUUCACUCUGUGACACAAGGACAGCUUGUUGUGCCUCACAAACUUCCCAUGCUUCCUGUUCAUUCGUUUUUCUUACUACAUAAAACAGCACAUAAAAAAGAAAAGAUAAAAGUACGAUGUUAAGAAAGCAAGUGAUGAAAAAAUGGAUUCAGCUGGGGUUUUCUUCCUCCUUAAAAACCUGAAGAAAAUAUUUGAUCAAAGGAACAAAGGAGGUUGGGGAAAAAAACAGUACAUGAUGUAAAUGAUGUUGUUUAUUUGGUUUAUGUGAAUUAUGCUUUUAUUUCAAUGCUGGAAACUAGGACAUUUUUCAUAUUUGUUUGUCUGGACAUUAUUAUAGACAGUGAUAUUAAUUAGUUUUAUUUCAUAAUAUGUAACAGGCUAUAACUUAGAUUAUAUAUAAAGAUGGACGACGUAUCCCAACUUCCUCCCAAUAUCCCAGAUACAAAUGCUGCCAUAUUUUGCAUUGCAUGCUGCUGGAAAAAUGAACACAGACAGAAACCAUAUCUGAGAUACUUUUAUUUUACAUGUAUUUUGAAUUUUUUACCUUUGCUCCGCUAACAUGGGAGGCAGGAUUUAUUACCUUUUGGCUUCACUUUUGGGGCGCUGUCAUGUCAUCCAUCUUUAAGUACAGUCUAUGGGCUAAAUUGUUUGUGUCAUUGUGAAAAUACUGUAUCUAGCAUCUAUAAAUAUACAGUAGCAAUAGGAUCAUGUUCUGCAGCCAUGGGAUUUUAUCAGUGUAAACCAUGAAGUGCCUCUCCGCCUUAUUAGAGAUGGAUGGAGUUAGAUGUUGGCAGUGGCGGCUGACAGUUAGAAAAUGAACAUGUGAUGUCCUUGAGUUUGAUUUAUAUUGUCUUUCAUAUACACAUGCAGUCUUGUUAAUGCGUCUGAUAUUAAAGAAGCAGCAAUUCCAGAAGAAAGCACAUUACUAUUUACCUCCUCGAAAGUUUUAAUUUCUCAGAACACUUGAUUAGAUGCUUUUCUAUGAAACUAAAUACACUAACAGGGAAAUCACAAUGUAUUAACGGCUUUAAAUGAAUGAAUGAAUGAAUGAAAGGUUGGGACAGGAGACAAAUGCUUCUCUGACUCUGCUUGUUCACUGUUUGCCUUUCUAAAAAAUGUAACCCUGCGUGAGAAGCUGUCACUCCCGACUGAUCCUGUAAACACAGAGCUGUCACGCUGCCAGCAGCAGCAGCAUUAUGGGCUGAUGACUGCAGAACAAAAAUCCAUAUGUGUGUGGGUGUGUACAUAGUAAACAUGUUAAUAAAUCAAACAGAUGUCCAAACGUU